CUCCUCCCUUAUCCUCCCCCAGUCCUCCCCGUAUCUCAAUCCCAUCACCAAAUUACCAGGUUACGUCACUCCUCUCCCGAAAAUGACGCGAAAUGCGCCUUCAAAAAAGCUCAGCGGCGCCGAGGUCGCGAUGCACAACUCGAAAGAUUCCUGCUGGGUGAUCGUCCACGGCAAAGCCUACGAUGUGACCGAGUUCCUUCCCGAGCACCCAGGCGGGCAGAAGAUCAUCCUCAAAUACGCUGGCAAAGAUGCCACCGAAGAGUUCGACCCAAUCCACCCGCCGGACACGUUAGAGAAGUAUUUAGAUGGCAGCAAGCAUUUAGGGGAGGUGGAUAUGAGUACGGUGGAGCGGGAGGAGAAGGCGACGGAUCCGGAGGAGGGGGAGCGGCAAAAGAUGAUCCAGAGCAAACCGGAUUUGGAACAAUGUUUCAAUCUUACGGACUUCGAGGCCGUUGCGAGGAGGGUGAUGAAGAAGACCGCAUGGGCAUAUUACUCAAGUGGAGCCGACGAUGAGAUUACAAUGCGCGAAAACCACGCCGCCUUCCACCGCAUCUGGUUCCGCCCUCGCAUCCUCCGUAACGUCGAACACAUCGACCUCUCCACCACCAUGAUUGGCACCCCAGUCUCCAUCCCCUUCUACGUCACCGCCACCGCCCUCGGCAAGCUCGGCCACCCCGAAGGCGAAGUCGUCCUCACCCGCGCCGCGCACACCCACCAGGUCGUCCAAAUGAUUCCCACCCUCGCCUCCUGCUCCUUCGACGAGAUCGUCGACGCUCGCCAGGGCGACCAGGUCCAGUGGCUACAGCUCUACGUCAACAAGAACCGCGCUAUCACUAAGAAGAUCGUGCAGCAUGCCGAGGCGCGCGGGUGCAAGGGGCUGUUCAUCACCGUCGACGCGCCGCAGCUAGGGCGCCGCGAGAAGGACAUGCGCAGCAAGUUCAGCGACGUCGGGUCGAGCGUGCAGAACUCGUCCGGAGACAAUGUGGAUCGGAGCCAGGGCGCGGCGCGCGCGAUCUCGAGCUUCAUCGACCCCGCGCUCAGCUGGGAUGAUAUUCCCUGGUUCCGGAGCAUCACGAAGAUGCCGAUUCUUCUAAAAGGUGUGCAGCGGAAAGAGGAUGUGCUGAAGGCGAUUGAGGCGGAGGUGGACGGCGUGGUGUUGUCGAAUCACGGCGGUCGGCAGCUGGACACCGCGCCAUCGGGGAUCGAGGUGCUGGCGGAGGUGAUGCCGGAGCUGCGGGCGCGAGGGCUGUAUCCGCGGCCGCCCGGGGCGCCGCGGUUUGAGAUCUUCAUCGACGGGGGCGUGCGGCGGGCGACGGACAUCAUCAAGGCGAUCUGCCUGGGGGCGACGGGGGUGGGGAUAGGGCGGCCGUUCCUGUAUGCGAUGAGCGCGUACGGCGAGGCGGGAGUGGGGCGGGCGAUGCAGUUGUUGAAGGACGAGAUGGAGAUGGGGAUGCGGUUGAUUGGGGCGCGGAGCAUCGCGGAAUUGAAUCCGGAGUUGGUGGAUACGCGGGGGUUGGCGGCGGGACAUACGAGUAUACCGCGAGAUAUGCUGAGUGAGAAUGUGUAUGACUCGUUGAGGCAGCCGUUGUGGAAGAGCAAGUUAUAAAAGGGUUCGAGGACAUCUGAAUACCAAUUCUUGUCGAUACUUGGCGGACUAUACAUAUCACGGUGGCGUUUUCAGCAUCAUGGCUCUCCUACAUUACAAGAUUUCAAGGAGGCAUUGUAUCCCCCUCAAUAUCUUCUCGCUUCACGGACUAGAUAGAGAGAGAGAGAUUCAUACUUCACGGACUAGAUACCAAUAUCAACAUUUU